AUGUUUCAGAGCGUGGUUGCGUGCUUCAUAGAGGGCGGAGUGCACAAGGCGCGGAUCCAGGUGUGGAAGCGGAAGCUUGUGCAGUUAGGGGGGGGAGUCGCAGCAGGCCCCACGGAGGCAUGUGUCACGCACGUGCUGGCCGCUGAUUGGCGGAAAGUGCAGCAAGCCACCUCGUGGCAAGUCCCUCCAUCAGGGGUGGCAGUGGUGGAGUUUGCAUGGAUCGAGAGCUGUCUAAAGCACGGGUCUCGCCUUCCCGAAGCUAAGUUCUUGCUCCGCGCCUCACACAGUGCCUCACACAACGCCUCGCACGGCCGACAGUCACACCAAGCUGCAGCAACUAGCGUUGGGGGAGAUAGCCCCUCCAAUGCUGAUUUUCCUGCUGGCAGGGAGAGCAGGGAUUUUUCUGAGCGAAUUAGGAGUGGACACGUGGACGCUGCAGGUGACAGCGCGGGGAGAGAUGAGGGGGGUGCGAGGAGUGAUGGGGGGGAGUGGAAGGAUGAGGAAGGAAAUGGGGGAGGUUCGGGUUUGACCUUGGCUCGACAGUUGCCGGAGGGGAGGAUAGGAGGAAAGGAGGAGGAGGGGAGUGAUGAGGAGGAAGAAAAUGGGGCGGCGGUGGGUCAUGCUGUCGUCAAAGGUGGGCGGCAGGGUUUGGAGCUUUCUGAGGAGGAGAAGGCGUUUUGGAUGGAGGUGAUAUUUGAGAGUGCAGCAUGGGCGGCAGUUGCUGGGGUGGAGGAAGGGGAGGGGCGCGAACGGGGGGUUGGGGGACGGGGGAAGCGGGGAUGGGGGGGAGGAGGCAGAGGGGGUGGGAGAUGGGGAGGGGGAGGGGGGAAGCGGAGGUUUGUGAGUGGUACAGACAGGUUCGGGGCGGAAUGGAAGCGGUGGAAUGCGGGGGAAAAAGGGGAGAAGGGGGGAAAGAGAGGCAAGGGGGGAAGCGGAGAUGACGAGAUUGAUGGGGUGGGGGGCAUGGGCUUGUCUGGGCGGGUGAUUCAGCUGGUGAGGGAGGGGGAGGAGGUGCGGGGUCACACCCAGGGGCUGUGCGUGGCUGGCGGGGAGAGAGAGGAUGAGAAAGAGGGUGGGAGGGAGGAAGUGGCGCAGGGGAGGAGGGAGGGUGUGAGGGAGGGGGAGGAGGUGCUGGGUCACACCCAGGGGCUGUGCGUGUCUGGCGGGGAGAGAGAGGAUGAGAAAGAGGGUGGGAGGGAGGAAGUGGCGCAGGGGAGGAGGGAGGGUGUGAGGGAGGGGGAGGAGGUGCUGGGUCACACCCAGGGGCUGUGCGUGUCUGGCGGGGAGAGAGAGGAUGAGAAAGAGGGUGGGAGAGAGAAUGGGGUGGAGAGAGAGCGUGGGGAAGUGGCGCAAGGGGGGAGGGAGGGCGGGACGGAAGGGGAGUCAUUUGAAAGCGCAGAGGAGGGCAGGUUAGGCAGGGAGGAACGAGAGGAGGGGAGAAGCAGCGAGGGGAGGGAGAGGGAAAGCAGAGAGCGGAGGGAGAGGGAAAGCAGGGAGGGGAGGGAGUGGGGAAGCAGGGAGGGGGACACACAGAACUCCGACAGUUAUGAGCGUAUAUGCCUGGGCGACAAGUGGCAGUGGCCUGGGCGACAAGUGGCAGUGGUUCUACAAGGCCCUCAGCGUGCUUGGGAAGCUGCCCUUCAACUCCCAUCCCUCUCCCUUCACGCAUAUCUCCCUUCUUCUUCCCCGCUCUCCCCCUUGCCCCCCACCCUCGGUUCAGGUCUGGGCGACGAGUGGCGGUGGUUCAGCUACUACAAGGCACUCAGCGUGCUCGAGAAGCUUCCCUUCUGUUUCCACUUCCCUUCCUGCCUAUUUCCCCACAUCCCCCUCACUUCUCUUCCCUCUCCCCCCCUUCGCUCCCCAGGCCUGGGCGACGAGUGGCGGUGGUUCAGCUACAAGGCUCUCAGCGUGCUCGAGAAGCUGCCCUUCUGGCUCACUUUUGCCCCUUCCGCCUAUUCCGCCUCUUUCCCCUGCUUCCCCCGUGCCACUCUCCCCCCCAAAGGCCUGGGCGACGAGUGGCGGUGGUUCAGCUACUACAAGGCACUCAGCGUGCUUGAGAAGUUGCCCUUCCGCAUCCGCUCCGCUCAGCAGGUGCAGGGGCUGCCCAGCAUAGGGUCUUCACUGCAGGGCAAGAUUCAGGAAAUACUGUCCUACGGCAUGAUCAAGAAGCUGCGGGCGUAUCAAGCCGACGAAAUGGUUCGCACGCUCGCUCUCUUUGGCACGGUCUGGGGCGUGGGGCCUCGCACCACCCGCCGAUUCUACUCCGCCGGCCACCGCUCGCUGCGCCAGCUGGCAGGCGACCCGGGGCUCACGCCAACUCAGCGAAUCGCGCUGCGGUUCCACGAGGAUAUGAACAAGCGCAUCCCGAGGGAUGAGGUGGCCGCGAUGGCAGCUCUGGUGGUGCAGGAGGGAGAGGCUCUGCAGCCAGGGAUCUCAAUCAUCUGUGGCGGGUCGUACCGUCGAGGCAAGGCGACAUCAGGCGACAUGGACUUCAUCAUCACACACCCGGACGGUGCCAGGCUGGUUUCUCGUCUGAAGCAAGUGAGCUUCCUGACAGACGACCUGAUGGUCGGCACGCACCACUCACAGCAGCCCCACGGGGAGGGCAAGGGUGUGGACACCUUCUUUGGGCUGUGCAAGCAGGCGGGCAGGGAGCAGCGACACCGAAUAGACUUCAAGGUGUACCCAUGGGAGCAGUACCCUUUCGGGCUCAUCCAGUGGACGGGCAACGAUGUGCUCAAUCGACGCAUGCGGCUGUUUGCAGAGGCAAAGGGGUACCGACUGGACGACCAUGGGCUCGUGCUGCGAGAUGCUGAAUGCGCGGAUGAUUCUGUGGAAGGGCAUGCAGCGAGGGAGACGGAGAGAAACGGUGAAGAGAGUCGCAGGGGCGGUGAUGGGCAGACGAGAAUGAAUGGAGAAGGAAAGAGUGGGAAACGGCGGAUUAUGGCGUUGGAGGGAGGUAACGCGGGGAGGGGAAUAGGGCAGAGGGAAAGGGUGAUGAGACAGUGGGGCAAACGAGUGCUAUCAGUGAGCUUCCUCACCCUUCCUCCCCCUUCCCUCCACCUUCCUUCCGCCAUCCUUCCCCUCCUUCCCCUCCCCUUCCCCUCCUUCCCCUCCUUCCCCUCCUUCCCCUCCCCUUCCCCUCCUUCCCCUCCCCUUCCCCUCCUUCCCCUCCUUCCCUUCCCCUUCCCCUCCUUCCCCUCCUUCCCCUCCUUCCCCUCCUUCCCCUCCUUCCCCUCCUUCCCCUCCUUCCCCUCCUUCCCCUCCUUCCCCUCCUUCCCCUCCUUCCCCUCCUUCCCCUCCUUCCCCUCCUUCCCUCCUUCCCCUCCUUCCCCUCCCCUUCCCCUCCUUCCCCUCCCCUUCCCCUCCUUCCCCUCCCCUUCCCCUCCUUCCCCUCCCCUUCCCCUCCUUCCCCUCCCCUUCCCCUCCUUCCCCUCCCCUUCCCCUCCUUCCCCUCCUUCCCCUCCUUCCCCUCCUUCCCCUCCUUCCCCUCCUUCCCCUCCUUCCCCUCCUUCCCCUCCUUCCCCUCCUUCCCCUCCUUCCCCUCCUUCCCCUCCUUCCCCUCCCCUUCCCCUCCUUCCCCUCCUUCCCCUCCUUCCCCUCCCCUUCCCCUCCUUCCCCUCCUUCCCCUCCCCUUCCCCUCCUUCCCCUCCUUCCCCUCCUUCCCCUCCCUUCCCCUCCUUCCCCUCCUUCCCCUCCUUCCCCUCCCCUUCCCCUCCUUCCCCUCCCCUUCCCCUCCUUCCCCUCCCCUUCCCCUCCUUCCCCUCCCCUUCCCCUCCUUCCCCUCCCUUCCCCUCCUUCCCCUCCCCUUCCCCUCCUUCCCCUCCUUCCCCUCCUUCCCCUCCUUCCCCUCCUUCCCCUCCUUCCCCUCCUUCCCCUCCUUCCCCUCCUUCCCCUCCUUCCCCUCCUUCCCCUCCUUCCCCUCCUUCCCCUCCUUCCCCUCCUUCCCCUCCUUCCCCUCCUUCCCCUCCUUCCCCUCCUUCCCCUCCUUCCCCUCCUUCCCCUCCUUCCCCUCCCUUCCCCUCCCCUUCCCUCCUUCCCCUCCUUCCCCUCCUUCCCCUCCUUCCCCUCCCCUUCCCCUCCUUCCCCUCCUUCCCCUCCUUCCCCUCCUUCCCCUCCUUCCCCUCCUUCCCCUCCUUCCCCUCCUUCCCCUCCCCUUCCCCUCCUUCCCCUCCCCUUCCCCUCCUUCCCCUCCCCUUCCCCUCCUUCCCCUCCCCUUCCCUCCUUCCCCUCCCCUCCCCUCCUUCCCCUCCUUCCCCUCCUUCCCCUCCUUCCCUCCUUCCCUCCUUCCCCUCCCUUCCCCUCCUUCCCCUCCUUCCCCCUCCUUCCCCUCCCCUUCCCCUCCUUCCCUACUUCCCCUCCUUCCCCUCCUUCCCCUGCUUCCCCUCCUUCCCCUCCCCUUCCCCUCCUUCCCCUGCUUCCCCUCCUUCCCCUCCCCUUCCCCUCCUUCCCCUCCCCUUCCCCUCCUUCCCCUCCUUCCCUCCUUCCCCUCCCCUUCCCCUCCUUCCCCUCCUUCCCCUCCUUCCCUCCUUCCCCUCCUUCCCCUCCUUCCCCUCCUUCCCCUCCUUCCCCUCCUUCCCCUCCUUCCCCUCCUUCCCCUCCUUCCCCUCCUUCCCCUCCUUCCCCUCCUUCCCCUCCUUCCCCUCCUUCCCCUCCUUCCCCUCCUUCCCCUCCUUCCCUCCUUCCCCUCCUUCCCCUCCUUCCCCUCCUUCCCCUCCUUCCCCUCCUUCCCCUCCUUCCCCUCCUUCCCCUCCUUCCCCUCCUUCCCCUCCUUCCCCUCCUUCCCCUCCUUCCCCUCCUUCCCCUCCUUCCCCUCCUUCCCCUCCUUCCCCUCCUUCCCCUCCUUCCCCUCCUUCCCCUCCUUCCCCUCCUUCCCCUCCUUCCCCUCCUUCCCCUCCUUCCCCUCCUUCCCCUCCUUCCCUCCUUCCCCUCCUUCCCCUCCUUCCCCUCCUUCCCCUCCUUCCCCUCCUUCCCCUCCUUCCCCUCCCCUUCCCCUCCUUCCCCUCCCCUUCCCCCUUCCCCUCCCCUUCCCUCCCCUUCCCCCCUUCCCCUCCCCUUCCCUCCCCUUCCCCUCCCCUUCCCUCCCCUUCCCCCCUUCCCCUCCCCUUCCCUCCCCUUCCCCCCUUCCCCUCCCCUUCCCUCCCCUUCCCCCCUUCCCCUCCCCUUCCCUCCCCUUCCCCCCUUCCCCUCCCCUUCCCUCCCCUUCCCCCCUUCCCCUCCCCUUCCCUCCCCUUCCCCCCCCCUUCCUUCCCCUCCUUCCCUCCUUCCCUCCCCUUUCAUUUCCCUCCUUCCCCUCCCCUUCCCUCCCCUUCCCCCCUUCUCUCCCUUCCCCACCAUUUCCCUCCUUCCCCUGCCCUUCCCUCCCCUUCCCCCCUUUCCCUCCCCUUCCCUCCCCUUCCCCCCCGUUCCUUCCCCUCCUUCCCUCCUUCCCUGCUUCCCUCCCCUUUCAUUUCCCUCCUUCCCCUCCCCUUCCCUCCCCUUCCCCCCUUCGCUCCCUCUUCCCCACCUUGCUUCCCGCGCCUCACCUCUCGCGCACGCAUUUCCCGCAGAUGGCGCCGCCGUAGAUGCGCGUGGCGCCCUUCUGCUUGCGCGACAUCAGGUUGCGCGUGA